AUGUCCGCACUUCUUGAAAAAGAAAAUAACUCUGCAAUUACUCCCAUCACGCCCUCCGAUCUCAAUAAUCCGGUUACUUUCCCUACUUUUUGGGGUCUCCCAUCAGAGUAUGAAAUAAAUGACACGUACCUGUAUUCGACGAAACCCCGCAAACACUGGUGUUUCCUUGGAAAAAUUAUUAGCAGCAGUGUCCUCGUCCGACUCGCUCUGGAAGUGGAGGACAAGGAGGGGCAUAGAUUACUUGUCGCGUUCCACACAGACGACCGCGGUGCCGCAUUCCUGGACCAAUGCAAGGAGGGCCAUACGAUUGCCGUCCUUUACGCAACACAGCAUACAUUUGCUUUCAGUCCGCCCGGAUUAAGGCUGGAACAGGAUGUCCAUGUGAAGAUAUUCCCGUACUCCCUGAAUGAGAUGUUGGAAGCUAGCAGUGAACUGUUUGAGAAGGGGAUGGCGAAAAGAUGCGAUGGGUGCGACAAGACAGACACUCCUCUGAAGAAAUGUAGUGCUUGUAAUGGUGCAUGGUACUGUUCCAAGGCAAGUUGA